AUGGAUCAUUUAUCAGAAGAUUAUGGAGUCGAUGUAAUCCAGGUUGAAUAUAUCGCCAAGGAUCUCUCAGGUGCACGCCUACCGCGGACAAAGGAAGAAUUCCACAAAUUCCCCAAACAGCUAGGAUGGGAACUACAGCUGGGCUACAAGCUUGAGACACAUGGGGAUGAGAACACACCACAUCAAAGUCUAGACACUCUGCUUACAGCGUGGUUAUUCUUUGGAUUGAUCUUUGUGGUGGUUCAGGAAGAUGGAAAUCCUAUCUUAACGAUCGACGAGCUUCACUCAGGACCUUGGCUGAGUACAAAGUCUCUAAAUGCGGCCUUGAAGAGAUGGGUGGAUUGGGAGAAAAACAAUCCACAGGAUCUGUGGGCCCGGAUGAUACAAGUCGAAUACGUCCUGGAAAAAGCCCGGCAAGUGGUACGAAGAAAUUGUGGCUACAACAUCGAGAAGGACCAUGUCGAAUACCGCAUUGAGCGCAACGAGGUAGCCAACCAUCUAUCAGACGAGAAGGCCAUGGCUUUGAUGACUCUGGGUGAGUGCUUGUGGCAGGUCAAAUCCAGAAUAAUGGAAGGCUCUGGAGAUGACGGCGAGAGCACGUUUUUGCAAGGCUGGCAUGGCGAUGACGAUGACGGUUGGGGACCACCGCGGUGGGUUUUCAUGAGAAUGCUUGAAGAUCGAUGGUGCCCUCGGGCGGUGCUUCUUCUCAAGGGCCAACUCAGGUCCAACGCCACGCUACUAUUGCAAGCGUAUUACGCUUACAAGCACUCCAAGAGAAUGAUUGAUCGCCACGAGCACUGUACGCAGGAUGAGUGCCACGCGAAAACACUUAACAGCAGCUCGGCAUAUUCUCCUCUUUGCGUCCCGGGCUGCAAAUACCAGGACCAAGAUGGUGGCUGUGAGAUGGUUGGUCCAAAUAUGGAUGAGGUGACGCUGGUACUGCAAGGGAGGGGCUCAACUCAAGCGUCCGAUAUACCAGUGCUGAGGUUUUCAAACGACGACAGUGAGGAACCAGUGGAGCUAAGGGUGGAAGCCCUUCCAAAGAAAGGAGACAGGACUUUCGCAACAAUUUCACAUGUCUGGUCUGAUGGCUGGGGAAACGAGAAAGAGAACAAGCUCCACACAUGCCAGCUCAAGUUCAUCAGACGUCAACUGAAACGCGUCAACAAUGGUAAGGAUAUUGGAUUUUGGAUGGACACCCUCGUAGUUCCUGUAAAAGAGAACAUGACGAGGGACGAGAAAAAGACCAAGAAGAAGGCAAUAGGCCAAAUCUUCCAAGUUUUCGAUCAGUCAACAUACACAGUGGUGCUAGACAACGGGCUGUGCAGCACGGACGGAGCCAAGGACAAGCCAACCCAGACAGCCAUGAAGAUACUUGCGAGUUUCUGGAUGAGACGACUUUGGACACUUCAGGAAUCAUUUUUGAGCGAGCAACUCCAUUUUGCAUUUCUCGAAAGAACCGAGAGCUUGGACUGGAAGAACCUGAUCAGCUACGACGAACUAAAAGAGGACCUGGGAUAUCUCAUUGACAACGAACUCAAAUCUCCGCUCACGGGUACAGUGAAAGAUAUGCUUGCACAGAACAUAAUGGGCAAGGGUGAUCGUGAGGAUCAACGAACGCACAUGUCGCCAGAGAAAGCCGCUUUUUGGAUCGCAAGUGCGUGGUCCGCUGCGCGAUGGAGGACAACAAGCAACACUGCACACGAAACGCUUGCUCUCGCAACUCUGCUUGGUCUCAAAUAUCAAGGCACUCAAAUAGAAGAAGCCGGUCUUACCAAGCUCGAAGACGUUGAUGACAAACUAAGAGAGCAGUUGGUCACAGAAUUUUGGAAGACGUUUCAUGGGUCUUAUCGCGGUGCAAUCCCUCCUGGUAUCAUCUUCCUUCCCGGCGACAAGGUUAAGGACCACAAGGGAUUCGGCUGGGCGCCCAAAACGUGGUUGUCUGCUCACGAAAUCGACUACCCGAAUCCACUUAGUCGUUGGACUGGGAAAACAGACCUGCUUGAUAAUGGCCUGGAAGUCAAGUACCCCGGAUUCUUGCUGCAUACUAUUGGCGACCGUGCUCGGCGUGAAAUUCUUGGGAUGGACCGGAUGGACCAAGGCACAGUUGCCCCAGCCUUCAAAUUUCCCGCAAAUCGAGACCUUGUGGAAUGGUAUAGCGCAAAGCCCGCGGAUCCACGUGCACCACCCUUUCUGACUGGGAUCGCGAGCCGCAAUCCGAAGACCCCGUUAGCGAUCAUACUUUCCAGACCACGACCAGUAGAAUCGCCGCCUGAAAUCGGAUUGUUGGUCGAGAUCUAUCGGGACGAACCAGAUAAAGAGCAACCACCACGAAGAAUGUACAGCUGCCAGAUCAUCCGCAGGAUGCAUGUUUGGCGUGAAAUGAACCCAUUCUAUCUUGCGGGCGCAGAUCGAAAUGGACCCACGGCUUCAGCUUCUGCCGGGUCAGGGGACAACUUGAUUUCUCCUCACUGGAAAAUCAUCGGCGGGCCUCUCGUUGACUCCAAUUUCUUCUGUCUUGGAGAAGCAGUGGCCCCGGAGCAGCGCUGGGUGGUAGAUGGAUACAAUUCGAAACGUCUUCGCUCUCCCGCGAUCUCAACCAUGAAGGACAGCUUAGCCACCAAAGAGGGUGGAAAACAGCGAGUCCAGACAGAAAAGUCUCCAGACCUGCAUCUUACUUCUAUCGUUGUUGGAGGGGCCGGGCCAUCGCGGACAUCCCAAACUGAAACGACACGAGGGGGCUUCAUGGGAUGGUCGGGGGGGUGGCCAUGGUUCGGGCAGAAAAGGUCUACUCCAGAGGGGCCCGGAGUCAAUCAGAAUCAAGCACAAAUUGAGCCGCCCACUUCAUUAAAGCAAAGGGUGACCUUUCCGACACGGCCUUCGGGGGUCACUGAACCGACCCCUGCUUGGCCCAGUCCAGGGGGAGUGCACCGAUCGAAUACGAACACACUCUGGUGA